AAGAAAAUUGAGGUUAUAAAAAAAGUGCUAUUUGCACAUGAAAUUUCUCAAGAUAUAGUAAAUAUCUUUGCAAAUAAGGCAUUCAAUUGAAGGAACGGUCCUUAAAUAUAUACGAAUGUAUGAUUUAAAAGAAUUCUAAGAAAAGCAAUAUAUGUACAAAGUGAGUUUAAUAAAAGAAGAUUUAUUAUUUCACGAAAUCAAUAAAACUUUUGAAUGCAAAAUCUCCAAUCACUUAUGGAAAAUGUUGGGACUUGUCAAAACCUUCAAAAAAUUACAUCAUAUUCCUUGUCUAAGAAGUCAUUUAUCGUUUAAAGCAAAGUAUUUUAUUUGCUUCCCUCCGAGUAGAUUAAUGACUUCAGAGUACACGCAGAUAUCUUGUAAAAAGACCAAACUUGAGCUUAAGUGCCGCUUAAAAGAACAGAAAGCUAAAGAAAAGGUUGAAGCUAAACCAAUGGAAAAAAAGAAAUCUACUGCAGCCGAAGAAGAAAUUUCACCAAAUGAGUACUUUAAGUUACGUUCAGCGGCUGUGGCAGAACUCAAGAAAUCUCCUGAAACUGAUCCUUAUCCUCAUAAGUUCAAUGUUAGUAUUUCAUUAGAAAAAUACAUAAAUAAAUACAGCCAUUUAAAGGAGGGAGAAAUGUUGGAGAAUGAAAAAUUAAGUAUUGCCGGCCGCAUUCAUGCUAUACGGGAAUCGGGAGCUAAAUUGAUAUUCUACGAUUUACGAGGUGAAGGGGUUAAGCUACAAGUCAUGGCUAAUGCUAAGUUAUAUGGAAGUGGAACUGCUGCCUUUGAAAUAGACACAAAUAAAAUCAGACGUGGGGAUAUUGUAGGUAUUAACGGUUUUCCAGCCAAGACUAAGAAAGGCGAAUUGUCUAUCGUUCCACAAGAAAUUAAAUUAUUAUCACCUUGCUUGCAUAUGCUCCCUCAUCUACACUUCGGUCUCAAAGACAAAGAGACUCGUUAUCGCCAGCGUUAUUUGGAUUUAAUUCUUAAUAAUAGAGUUCGUGAAAAUUUCCAUACACGGGCUAAAGUUAUAUCUUACAUACGCCAAUUUCUCGAUGGCAUGGGUUUCUUGGAAAUUGAAACCCCUAUGAUGAAUAUGAUACCUGGCGGUGCUACUGCAAAACCUUUUAUCACCCAUCAUAAUGAACUCAAUAUGGAUUUGUUUAUGCGCAUUGCUCCUGAACUGUAUCAUAAAAUGUUAAUAGUUGGCGGUCUCGAUCGCGUCUACGAAAUAGGCCGACAAUUCCGUAACGAAGGAAUCGAUAUGACACACAAUCCUGAAUUCACUACAUGUGAAUUUUAUAUGGCUUAUGCUGAUUAUCAUGACAUAAUGGAAAUUACAGAGCAAAUGGUAUCUGGCAUGGUAAGAGCUAUUCAUGGUACUUAUAAAAUCAAAUAUCAUCCAGAGGGUGCAGAAGGCCCUGUUCAAGAAAUUGAUUUCACUCCGCCCUUUAAAAGAGUCAGCAUGAUAACCACUUUAGAGGAAAAACUGAAAGUAAGUUUUCCUCCAGCCUCCGAAUUCGCCAAUGAAAAAACCAAUGAAUUCUUAUCCCAAUUAUGCGCUAAUCAUAACGUUGAAUGCCCGGCUCCAAGAACAACCGCGCGCUUGCUGGAUAAACUUGUCGGUGAAUUUGUUGAGGAGUAUUGUAUUAAUCCCACCUUUAUUUGUGACCACCCACAAAUUAUGUCUCCCCUUGCGAAAUACCAUCGCAACGUUCCCGGUCUAACAGAACGCUUCGAGUUAUUUGUAAUGAAGAAAGAAAUCUGCAAUGCGUACACCGAAUUAAACGAUCCCGUGGUGCAAAGAGAACGCUUUGAGCAGCAAGCCAACGACAAGGCAGCCGGUGAUGAUGAAGCUCAAUUGGUGGAUGAGAACUUCUGUACUGCCUUAGAAUAUGGCCUGCCGCCGACUGGUGGGUGGGGAAUGGGCAUUGACCGAUUAACAAUGUUCCUUACCGAUUCCAAUAAUAUUAAAGAGGUUCUCCUGUUUCCCGCAAUGAAGCCCGAUAACCCCAACCGUGCACAUCCUGCUGAAGUUAACAAUGUUGAGGAAAGCUCAUAAAUUCCUCCUCACUAUAGUUGAAAUGAACCGAUUUACAGUGUGCGUGUUCUUUUUUUUUAAUGACAUGAAAUACAUUUGGAAUAAUAAACUUGUUUUCACCAAUUGCUUGGUAAA